AUGGUGAGGCCUGUGGCAGCCUCCUUGGACAGCAACGAGACAAACGGCCACCUGGCAUCCCCCCUGGUGUGGAGCGGUCCCAUGGCCCAAGCUUUGGGGUUGCUCGGAGGAGCUGUGGCACACAGCAGCGGCACCAGCAUCGGUAGCAGUGUGGGCGGGUUAGUCGGCGGGAAAGUCGAUGAGAUCGCUGUGGGCAACGGGGGCGGCGGCCAUCGCUGGAUUGCGUCGUUGUCGAGAGAGAAGCGGACGAGGGAAGCGGCGUGCUUUCGGCUUAAGGAUGCCGCCUCCCGGGUGGUUAGCGUCAUCGGCAGUAUCGUGGAAGGGCUGCAAAAGCAAAAGACAUACGAGAUUGCCGUGAUGCUCCUUCGACUGAUGGUGCGAUCUGACCAGGGCCUGGCUGGAUCAGACUACCGCGAGGCGGCGCCCGACUUGGUGUGGGCGGCAGACUGGGUCACCAGCAAGCACAGGGGCUACGCGUACACAAGGUUGGCCAUCAACCUCAAGCACCUCAAGAAGCCCGGGCGCCGCCAGCUGGAGACCGUCAUGGAAGCCUGCGACGACGACGGAGUGCAGGGGGGGGACCGGGUGGAGCUCCGAGAAAGAUACGAUUUUCUCCACAAGAAGUUCGGUAGGUUCACCCCGUCCAUCAACGACAAGAACGUGGUGUGUUUGGUGAAGAAGAAGGAUGGGACAACCUGCAACCACCUCAUGAAGUGGACUCCAUCAGAAAGCAACAAGCAGCGGGGGACGGGAACAUCUUGGUUGUCCAAGCACAUCGCGAAAGCUCAUCCCGCCACGGCCAAGACAAGACGAGAUGAAGGCACGCCGGCGGACAGGAAAGAGCCUAUUCGAGCGGCGAUCGUUCAUGGAAGGUUCAUCGACAGGUUCAUCAUCAGCAAGCGCGUCGAGCUCAUCGUCGCCGGUGACAUGGUGCCGAAGAUGGACAAGAAACGGAGGGAGAUGGCUGACCUCCGUUUCGUGAUCUGGCGCUGCAUCAACCUAAGGCCGCAGCAGAUGCGGCACGACGACGGCUUCAAGCUCUUCUUGGGCGCUCUGUCCCCCGACUACGUGGAGAGCACCAUGUCCAACGACACCUUCGACAAGAACUUGGACACCCUAUACGGCAAGGUAAACACAAGCGUCGUGGACGACUUGCGGACGUUACGGGAGGAGUGUCUGGGCAUGGGGUAUUCGGGAGCUUUCCUUGGUGCCCAGCUGGAUCUCACGACAGUGGCCGGCGAGGAGUACAUCACCUUCACCGUGUCGUACGUGAAGAAGGGUAGCACGGAUGUUACCCGCGUCGCGCUUGCGUGUCGAGCGUUUCCCGGCACCCACACUGCCGACGACAUCAGACCCUGGAUCGAGGAGUUGAGGUGCUUAUUUCUUCAUUGUGUUCAAUGUGCUGUUCAGGAUGAUGACAUUUUUGGGGCCACGAUUCGGAUGCAAGGGGCCGAGGACACCCACAUCAGCCAGGCGAUCGUCAUCAUUCAUGUGGUGAUGGAGAUGCUAAGGGAGGACAGCCACCCGAUCCGGGCGAAGAAUGCCACCGUCAUGCCGCCCCCACCGGACGGCAUUCCAACGGACGAGAUGGAGGUGACGGACCUUUCCCUGGAGGCGCAGGAGGUGCUAGAGGUGCUGCUGGAAGUGAUGGGAGAGAAGCAGGUGGAGAAGGCUGUGCAGCAGGUGGAGCGUCUAUCCGCGUUGAUGGACCCGAGGCGGAAGUCGCUUAACGGUGAACAACUCGAAAACGGUUCUGCGCAUCUCAGGAAGAGGGCCGAAGAGGACUUGAAGGCCGUCAUCGCCCAGUUCGACGUGCAGCCGUCCGAGCCUGCAUCAGCGCCAGCGCCAGUGCUCAACGUGGACCCGGUGGAACCCGCACCCAAGAGGAAGAAGCUUUCGAGACUUGAGGAACGGCGCGGGGCACGUGUGGCGGCAGCCAGCGGUGUCGGUGCGAGCGGUUCAGUCCAGGCUCAGGGUUCCGCCACGAACCGGCGCGUGCUGAUCGAGCGAGACGUAUUGGUGUACUUGGCGGAGAAGGAACAGGUCGACGUGGAUGAGUUCAAAGUCCUGGGGUCUUGGAGUCGGCGGGGCACUGACAGCGUGUGCGCGACGACUGGCCAAGUCACAUCCCCGACAGAAAUGCCCUACCUAGCGUUCAUCGCUCGGUUGUACCUCGGGAUCGAGGCACUUGGUGGACGAGGCGACAAUCAAGAUACGCCCUUAAAAGAACGGCGCUUCCGUUACGAAGAGGAGGUCUUGGUCGUGAACAUGGACACCCAAAAGGAGGGGAAUCAGAGGUCGAAGAACGGGGGACGAAAGCUGUACUUCGACAAACCUGAUGUCGGCGAGCCACGCUGGGGCGAACGAAACUCACUGAACGUGGAAGAAGUGCUCUUGAGAGAAAGAUAUCGCUCGGGCGGAUGGCUGGGGCUGCACUGCGAGUCCUCCCUCAACAUGUUUCUGAUGGUGCUCUUGCUGUGGGAGGAGGUUUUCGACGAUCGAGUGCAUGCAGCACUUCCGCACGUAAUCACGGCGAGGAAUAUGAAGCAUGCAGGAAAGGACAAGUUUUUCUGCAGCCGGAGAGAAGGCCUGUCGAUACGUUUGCGGACAAUUUCGCGAUCUUCUGAUGAGCAGCUGUGGUUGGACGUCGGGCAGCGCUACGACAGGUUUCCUAAACAGCAGGUGUGGUGCGAUCGGGCGUGGCGAUACUAUCUCGACAACGACCGCGCGAGCAAACGGAGACGCUUCGGAUUCCCGGACGUGGUCCUCUGGCGGCCCAAGAGUGACAAGGGCGCUGCCGAGAGCAGAUCUGGUGGUGGCAGUGGUAGCGGUGAUGAGAAGGGACUCCACUGGGGCUCCAAGACACACUUCGGCCUGGGGUGGGAGGGCUACGGUCAAGGGUGGGAGGUGGUCGAAGUGAAGUCCAAGGACGACACCACCAGCCACGCGCAGAAGGCCUGGCUAAUGGAGCUAGAGAACGCUCGCGUGCCGGCCAUAGUAACUCGGGUGCUGGCGGAGAAGGAGGCCUCGAAAAUGUUAUAAUAUCUUGAUCGUGGAGGAUGGCACUGUAUCCUCAGGGGGUGGUUCGGGGUGGGUAUGGCUUACUAUUCUUGCAUGGCAGAGUUGUUGGCUCUAAAUCCUUACCACUGACGAAAUGUGAAUGGGGUGGAGAUACGCCACCGGCAGCGCAACGUUCAUAGACACGGUCUUGGUAGCCGGAGUGGACUUAAGAUAAUGGUCGUGCCUCGUUAUCAGAGCCGUCAAAUUUCGUUGACCAUUCCUGCAUCCUUGGCAGACAUUCCUGCGUGGUUGUACCCGAGAUGCUGUUGCCGAACGCCUUGCGGGUUGCGCGGUGGGGUUUACGUGGUGACGUUUGAAGUGCGGACGACACUGGCGGGCCUGCUGGCCGUGGUAGGUCUCCCUCACGUUUCGGCUAAACGAGGGAAAUACCGCGGGACCGUAUCUGAGUCGACCGUCGCACAUGCCAGGACGUUUGCGCGAUGUAUGUCCAAUAGUAGACAAAGGACUCAGCACGUUCGUUGAGGAUGUACGGGGUGGGUGCCGAUGGUGGGGCAUGGAUUGAUUGAGCAGAAGUUGCCUUUCGAGCGGCAGUUCUGUACAUAAGAGCCGUUUUCUUACCCCGUGCGAUAUUCUUGUCCUAGUGUCCAGAAGAUAGCAGUCGUGCCCCCUUCGUCUGUUCAAGAAUACCCGUGAGAGCGGUGUCGGGGAUUGUGUGUGAGUUUGGCAUGUGGGCGUUAUGCAUCCUGCGUUC